AGUCUAACUCUAAAUGUCGCCGUGGUUUUCCAACUUACCGUACUGAAUAUAAAUAAAAAAAGGGAAUAUUCUGAAGUCCUGAAUUUCAUUUUUUCUUUUGUCCAUUUUCUCUUUCUGGAUUUAUUUUUUCUUUAAAUCUGAUGUAAAAGUUAUUUUUGUACGGAAUAUAGUGUAUUGUAAUACUCUUAAGAGAUAUUGUUCAUAUGGACUAAAAGUACAUAAGUAUAGUAAUUACAAUGAGUGAGUUUAAACUACAUCAUUUAAUUAAAGAGUUAAUUGAAUUACUUAGUUCCACGGCUCCACCAGAAAAAUAUGUGGAAAAAAUUCAGAAAGAAGCAACAACGUCGCCUUCUACCUUAAAUCCAGUGGUAACUCAGAGUUGUAUUCGUCAUGUUGCCAGAAAUUCGCCAAACCCAGAAUUAUUUUUACAAAAAUACGAAGAACUUAAAUCUAAAAAACUUAGAAGGAGAGGUCGCGAGAUGGUUGAUUUGUUGGGCCCUUUCACUCAACUAUUGCAACUUAUAACGUCGGAUGAUGAACUAAAAGAGUCUUUGACCAAAGUCGCACCAGCUACUACGACUACACUUUCAUCAAGGUCAAUCACUGAAGAUGAUCUGUCAAAGAUUCGCAAGAAUGUGAUGAAGGCGGCAGUUGAGGGUGAGAGAAAAUUAAUCAAACAUGCUGGAGCAUCUAGCAGAUACAGUGAUCCAUUCACCAUUAAGCAAAAUUGGACCAUCGAAAGGCCUCGAAUUUCUUGGGACUUUCACAGUGAUGUUUCCCACCUUCCUUGCCAAAAGGUCGUGCCUAUCGUCUCACAAGAAUCAGUUUUGCUGUGGGACCUUUUGAACUGCUUGAAAGGAAUCGAUGGGUCUUACAUAGUUUCAGAACCUCUAAAGAAUCCAUAUGAUCCAAUAACUUUUAAAAUAUCGACCGAUGUUGGCAUUUCAUUUAAGCAACUGACACAACAAAUUCUCCCACUGGCUUCUUAUUAUUCCGCCAUUGUUCGGUUCGUUGAGGAAAAAGAUCUACCCGACGCAGGGCAAGUAAAUCAUGCUUUAAGAGGCGCGUUAAGGUGUUUACUGAAGGAUUACUUGCUAUUUCUCGUACAGUUAGAAAUGGAACACAGACGAGGAAAAUUAAAUUUGCAGAAGAUGUGGUUUUACAUUCAACCCACGAUGGCCACUAUGUCGAUUCUCUCUCAAAUUACAUCCACAAUAUGUAAAGCGAACGCGAGGGGCGGUAAAGUUUUGAGUUUACUUCAUGAACAAUCAAAUUCUAUGAGUGGAGACGCAAAGUGCAAAGAACUUUGUCUAUUCUUGAUAAAAGAGGCUAGCAUUCCAUAUAUGCAGAUGUUGGAAAAAUGGGUGUACAAAGGUGUCAUUUACGAUCCUUAUCAAGAGUUUCUCGUGGAGGACAACGAGUUAAUUCAGCGAGAAGAACUUCCAGUGGAUUAUUCCGCGGAUUACUGGGAAAAAAGAUAUACUAUGAGGCCAGAGAGGAUUCCGAUCUUUGUCAACGAACACGCUCAGACAAUAAUAAGGACUGGGAAAUACUUCAACGUCAUCAGGCAAUGUGGAAAAACCGUUCAAUGGGGGAAACAAGAGCCUCUGGUCUAUCAACAUCGAGAUCAAAAAUACAUUGCUGCUAUCGAUAGAGCUUAUUCCGAAGCUGCAAGAACGUUAUUGGAAGUUCUUAUUCAAGAAAAUGAUUUAAUGGGCAGACUUCGUAGUAUUAAAAGUUACUUCCUUCUCGCACAAGGCGAUUUUGUUGUUCAGUUUAUGAAUCUUUGCGAAGCAGAAUUGAGCAAAAAUAUGGACGAUAUAGUCAUUCACCGUCUUGCUUCUCUCCUUGAAAUCGCUUUACGGCUAUCAACUGCAGAUUACGAUCCUUACAAAGACGAUUUGAAACCAGAGUUGCUUCCUUACGAUCUUCAGUAUCAAAUGUUUAGGAUCCUGUUGAUUCAAACACGUGAGGAAAAAGAAUUUUGUUUGCCGACUGACAAAGCACUGAGUGGUCUGGAGGCUUUUGUCUUUAAUUACGAUGUAAAAUGGCCAGUUUCAUUGGUCAUCAACAGAAAAGCGAUUGCUUGUUAUCAAAUGUUAUUCAGGCACUUAUUUUACUGCAAACACAUUGAAAGACUUCUUUGCAGAGUGUGGAUCAGCAAUAAAAUCGCAAAGACAUUCACGCAAGAAGCAGCGAUGGCUUAUCGACAGGCUUUCUCUUUGAGACAACGAAUGCUGGAUUGCAUUCAACAUUUGGAAUAUUAUAUGAUGGUCGAAGUCAUAGAACCUAAUUGGCACUUAUUUUUGAAUAAAAUGAGCAAGGUCAGCAAUGUGGACGAUGUAUUGAGUGUUCAUCAAGACUUACAAGAUAGUUGCUUGAGGGAAUGCAUGCUGACAGAUCCUGACCUACUAGCCUGUAUAACUGGGAUUUGCGCAGUCUGCAUUGAAUUUUGCGAAUUUAUGCAGCAUAUGGGCCGCUACUUCGUCGAUGCGGAAUUGACUUCGAUGAUCGAUGACAACCAAGACGACGCCUCUGAGCCUGAGAUCGACGUCAGCAUUUCUUCGAGCGCUUAUGGAACAAGUUUUGAAGAAAAGAUUGUUUUUCUUGACAAUAAAUUUACUGAGGUCUUGAUGCGACUUUUGGAGAGGAUUUGCGACAUUGGUUGCGAUAAUAAUAACGAGAAAUUGCGCAACGUUUUGUGCCGAUUGGACUUCAACCAGUUCUACGUGCAAAAAAUAGCGCUACGUGAAGCAAGAAAGAGAAAUCCUUUGAAUGAUGUAUCCGGGUAAUGAAAUAACAUAAUUUUUUUGUUAACAGAAAGAAAACGUUUGGUUUUAACUUUUUAAUUUAAAACCUCAACUUAAAAGAAUAAUAAUAAAGCUGUAAAAUGAUUU